UCAAUCUCGCCCGGUAAACCCUCCCCCGAGAUAUGAAAUAGGCCGUGUGGCUGCUCGGAUCCAGCACUAUUUGCCCAGACGGCUCUUCCGCUCCUUUCAGAAAAACGGUGAAGUGCGUCUCUGCUGCGGUGCGUUGCGCGCAGGCUUGGAGAGAGAUGACAAGAGCCCCGCGGAACUGGCCAGACAAACAUGGAUCUCCGUAAAACGCUGGUUUCGGUGCUUUGGAUAUUAUUGCUGAACAUAGAAGAAGCCUGUCACGCCGAGGAAGUGGUGCUGCUGAAUUCUAAAGAGACUCAGGCAGAGCUGGGCUGGACCUCGUAUCCCCCCAAUGGAUGGGAGGAGAUAAGUGGAGUAGAUGAGAAGUACAAGCCCAUCAGGACGUACCAGGUGUGCAACGUCAUGGAGCCGAUGCAGCAGAACAACUGGCUGCAGACGGGCUGGGUGGCGCGGCGGGGCGGCCAGCGCAUUUUUGUGGAGCUCCAGUUCACGCUGCGCGACUGCAACAGCAUACCCGGCGUGGCGGGCACCUGCAAGGAGACCUUCAACCUCCUCUACGUGGAGACGGACAGGGACCUGGGAGGCGUGACCCGAGAAGACCGCUACACUAAGAUAGACACUAUAGCCGCCGACGAGAGCUUCACGCAGGGCGACCUGGGCGAGAGGAAGAUGAAGCUGAACACCGAGGUGCGCGAGAUAGGCCACCUCAACCGCAAGGGCUUCCACCUGGCGUUCCAGGACGUCGGCGCGUGUGCACUCGUUGCCGUGCGAGUGUACUACAAACGCUGCCUAGCAACCGUUCAAAACCUGGCGGUGUUCCCCGACACGGUGGCCGAGGCGGCCUUCGCCACGCUGGUGGAGGUGCGGGGCAACUGCGUCAACAACUCUGAGGUCGACACAGACAGUCCGCCCAGGAUGCAUUGCAGCGCCGAAGGGGAGUGGCUGGUGCCCAUUGGGAAGUGCAGCUGCAGCGCCGGCUACGAGGAAGGACACAGCAGCUGUGAAGCGUGUCCCGCUGGUUCCUAUAAGAUGUCCUCCAGGCAGCAGGAGUGUUUCCCCUGCCCAGCCAACAGUGUUGCAGAGGAGGAAGGAUCUGUAGUGUGUGUGUGUGAGGAGGACCACUUUAGGACCCCCCUGGACACACCCUCAGCGCCAUGCACAAGGCCACCCUCCCCGCCUAAAGACCUGGUCUACACCCUCAAGCAGUCCACCCUGAUCUUGGAGUGGGCCGCACCAUCCGACACAGGGGGCAGAGCCGAUCUGACCUACAGUGUGGGGUGCCGUAGAUGCGUCGCGAGGCAGUGCGAGCCGUGCGGGGCCAGUGUUGGUUUUGUUCCUCAGCAGGUCGGCUUGACGGAAAGAACAGUGACUGUGGUCAAUCUUCUUCCCAACACAAACUACACAUUUACUGUUGAAGCCUUGAAUGGAGUGUCAGAGCUGCUGCCCAACAAGAGGUUCUACACCCAGGUCAACGUGUCAACAAGCCUGCCUGCUCCCUCUCUGAUCAGCGAGCUGCGAGCGGAGAAGAUCGAGCAGAAGAGCCUAACCUUGGUGUGGAGGGAGCCGUCCCACCCGAACAGCAGCCGCACUGAAUAUGAGGUCAAAUACUAUGAGAAGGAACAAAAGGAUCAGAGUUAUUCUACUGUGAAGACCGCCGCGACGCGCAUCAGCGUCAACAACCUCAAAGCCGGCACCACAUACGUCUUCCUCAUCCGCCCUUUCUCCACGCCGGCGCCUUCCUCGCCCCUGUCCUCCUCCCCUCUCUCGUCCUCCUCCUCUGCCUCCGCCUCGUCCUCCUCUACCUCUUCUUCCUCUUCUUCUUCUUCGUCCUCCUCCUCUUCCUCUCCGCCGCCUAUCGACUACGGAGCGUACAGCGCUCCCCUGGAGCUGCAGACUCUUGGCGAGUUGGCCCUGGCGUCCAGCGAGCAGAGCCCGGUGGUGAUCAUCGUGGUCGUGUCUGUGGCCGCCCUGAUAAUGCUGCUCUCUAUGGGGGUUGGACUGCUCAUCUGGAGGAGCGUCUGCUCGAGCGCCUCCAAUGUUACUCCUGCUAGCGUGGUGCUGCUCUCGACCUCCUUCUCCACUCUUCCUCCUCCUCCUCCUCUCCUCUCUCCUCUUCCUCCCUUCACACAGCUGAUGCCCAGACAAUGCGGCUACAGCAAAGCAUCUCAGGAGGGAGACGAGGAACUUUACUUCCAGUUCAAGAUCCCAACGAGGAGGACUUACAUCGACCCAGAGACUUGUGAGGAUCUGAUGCAGGCUGUGCAUGCCUUCGCCAAGGAGCUGGACAACUCCAGCAUCAAGAUCGAGAGGAUUGUGCACACAGGUGACUUUGGGGAGGUGUGCCGCGGCUGCCUCAAGCUGCCCAGUAAGCGAGAGCUGCCGGUGGCCAUAAAGACGUUAAGGGCCGGGUGCUCGGACAAACAGCGGCGCUCUUUCCUCAGCGAGGCGGGCAUCCUGGGGCAGUUCGACCACUCCAACAUCAUCCGGCUGGAGGGCGUCAUCACCACGGGUAACACCAUGAUGAUCAUAGAGGAGAGCAUGUCGAACGGAUCAUUAGAUUCCUUCCUUAGGAAACACGAGGGCCAGCUGAGUGUGAUGCAGCUGAUGGAUAUGCUGACCGGCGUGGCAUCGGGGAUGAAGUACCUCACAGAAAUGGGCUUCGUUCACAAACGGCUGGCUGCACACAAGGUUCUAGUUAACGCCAACCUGGGCUGCAAGGUGUCUGGCUUCAGACCUCUACAGGAGGACAAGAUCGAGGCAAUCUACACCACACUGCACGGAGGGAAGAGCGUGGUGCUGUGGAGCGCUCCGGAGGCCAUCCAGUACCACCGCUUCUCCUCCGCCUCCGACGUCUGGAGCUUCGGCAUUGUCAUGUGGGAGGUCAUGUCCUACGGAGAGAGACCCUACUGGGAUAUGGGCAACCAGGAUGUGAUUAAGGCCAUUGAGGAUGGUUUCAGGCUGCCGGCUCCAGUAAACUGCCCUCCACAUCUCCACCAGCUGAUGCUGGACUGCUGGCAGAAGGAGAGGACAGAGAGGCCCACCUUCAGCCAGAUCCACUCAGCCCUCAGUAAGAGCAUUCGCUCCCCUGAUGGCAUCGGUUCCUCCACACUUGCACGCAGAACCCUGAGUUCAUCCAUCACGCUCGCAGAGAGGCCCCUCCCCUCCUUCCCGUCUUUUAACUCAGUGGGAGAGUGGCUGGACGCGGUGGACAUGGGCCGUUACAAGGACAACUUCACAGCGGCGGGAUACUGCUAUUUAGAGUCUGUGGCGCGGAUGACUGUCCAAGACGUUCUGAGCCUCGGCAUCACUUCCCUCGAGCACCAGAAGCUGAUACUGGCCGCCAUCCAGACGCUCAGAGCCCAGGUCAUCCAGAUGCACGGCCGCGGUGUGCAGGUCUGACAAACAGUUGACGCACCUCGUCUUAAAAACUGCUGCUGCAGACCUACACACGGACGGAGGGGACGGAGGAGAGGAGACGGGGAUCUUCCAAACCGAAGCAAAGACGAGCAGAUCUACCUGCUGUCGACACUGCUCUAUCUACUCCUCCUUCCCAUACGCCUUCCUUGAUUCCUUCCUUCCUUUUUUAUAUUACGUAACCCCCUCAGAGACAAGCAGUGUUCUUGUCUCGAUUGUGGGGACUGCAGAGGAGUGAUGUCAUGACUUUUCUUGUGGCCUCUUUCUGGAUCAGCGUGUAAAGCUGUCUGAAGCUGACCUCAGAGAUGCUGGAAAGGCGUGGACCUUCUAACGCUGCAAACACACCAAGUAAUGGACAAGUUACAGCUUGAAGAAACAUUCAUAUUUCGGGUGGAAAUUUCCCUUUACCACGACAUGAAUUCACUAAAAACAAUAUCUAAUUAAAAAGGCAGAAACUCUUCACUGGCCUUUUGAGGAAAUAAGUCUCUCCACAGAACCUUAAGAGCUGAUUUUAAUGUCAAACAUGAACUGAUUUAGUACGAGGGCACUUAAUCAUAUCAUAGCACGAGCGAGCUGAUCUCAAAUCAGACGUCUGAAGAACUUUUCAGAAGCUCAAUCAUGGUGAGAGUGGUAGUGAACAGUAAAAGAGGAAGACUGCGCUGUCCCAUGACCGGGAAGAGUUGGAUUAGGCCUCAAAGACAGGCUGCACCAACAUGGCUAGCAAACAUCUAUCUAGUCCUUUAUAACAUUUAAAAAGUGUACCUGGUGGGAUGAGUUAUGAGUGAUGAUAUGCUGAACUUUCAGGAACAUCAGCCUGUUAGUUUCUUUUCCUUAGCAGUUGAACGGAAGCUGCAGGAAUCAACUGCACAGCGAAAGUUUGAAAAAAAGUGUUUGUUCAUUUCUUGUAUGUUUUACAAUUCUUUGUCAUAUUUUCUUUCAUUUAUAUGUCUUCCUGUGUGUUUAAAGCAUCUACCCCCCCCCUCUCAGCCUGCUGUAAGUCAUCUCAGUAACAUAUCCCCCCCCUUUUCUCGACCAUGUUGAAAUACAGGCUCACUCUGACGAACGGCCUGAUUCAGAUAUUUACCCAUGUUUAUUUAUGUCUACAGAUUGUUAUGCAAAACGUCUCCAGAAAGAGAGGUAAUAAAGGUUUAUUUAUUCAGCGAAAUACUCAAAAGAAAAACGUCAGCAAAGCAGUUUGAAUCUUCUUGUUUUGAUGAUUUUAUUAAGUUAAAGAGGUCAUAUUCUGCCCUUUUUGGGGUUCAUAUAUUUAAUCUAUGUACCUACUAAAGUAUGUUCACA